AUGAGCUCAAUAAAAGCCAUUUCUCAGGUGCAAGCAAUGUUACCCUGCCCUGAUUUCAGUCUAGACUUUCUCUCCCUUUCUGCUCAUGCCGCUGUUGCUUGCCGUGCUCUAUCAGUUGCUGUCGCGUCUCUAUCCCAUCUGCUAAAUUUUUUAUCCUUAGGGAAAUCAAUGCCAACGACUGAAGUCAUGGUUCUUCGCACCCUUGUCACAGUCCUAAUGCAAGAGCCUGGCAACGAGUCUGAUAUCCUCAAAUACGAUUGCCUGAACUUGGACCUGACAGCUUCCUUGGGAAAGGCGAAGUUGGAAGACGGGAAUGGAAUUGGUUUGCAAAUUUUUAGUAUUAAGGUUUAUGGCGAAGUGGAGGGAAACAAUGUGAUGGUUUGCAAAUCACUGAUAUUGACUGUGUCAGCCAUGAUAGCUGAUGAGAAGCAAAGAAAUGCAACAUUGCUGGAUACCGAAGUCAAACAAGCCAUUGAACUGCCAGAUAGAGCUGGAAAGAUACUAACGUUAAUUGCAGCUGGAACUCGAUCAGGUGACGAUCAGAUCACCACCCUAGGCGUUAGUGCCUCACAAGGGCCGCGGUCCAACCCUGAAGUAGCUACCUUCUGCUUAAAUACGUGCCUCUCGUCCCUCCUCGCUUCCCCUUUGCCAGAUUAUCAAUGUGUGGCUCUUGUUCUCAGGAAACGGAUUUCAGUGGCUGCCAUUCAUAAGGGGAAUACAGAUGAUGAUGUAGUUUAUGGGGCACACAAGCAAGCAUACCGGAUCAUGGUGGGGUUGAAGGAAGGGGAGUAUCGGAGUGAAGAGGGGAAAUGGCUUGCCAUGACAGCAUGGAAUCGCGCUGCUCUCUCAGUGAGGCUGGGGUAUAUUGAGUCAGCAAAGAAGUGGAUGGAUAUUGGAUUGGAACUGGCUGGGAAGGUUCCAGAAAUGCAAACUUAUAGAUAG